GGCCGGGAGCGCGGCGGAGCGGCGGGGAGCGGCGGGGAGCGGCGCGGGGCCAUGCAGCCCCCGGCGGCCUCCCCCGGCCCCGCCGCCCCGGCGGGAGCCGAGCUGCUGCGGUGGCAGUGGCGGGAGGUGCAGGCGCCCUGCCUGGUGGCCGCCUGGAUCCUGGUGGCCAGCCUGGCCAAGAUCGUUUUUCACCUGUCAAGGAAGGUGACGUCCAUCGUCCCGGAGAGCUGCCUCCUCAUCCUGCUGGGCCUGGGCCUGGGAGGCAUCGUGUUGGCCGUGGCAAAGAAAGCCGAGUACCAGCUGGAGCCCAACAUGUUCUUCCUCUUCCUUCUGCCCCCCAUCGUCCUAGACUCGGGCUACUUCAUGCCCAGCCGGCUGUUCUUUGACAACAUUGGUGCCAUCCUCACCUACGCGGUGGUGGGCACACUCUGGAACUCCUUCACCACUGGCGCUGCGCUCUGGGGGCUGCACCGAGCCGGGCUCAUGGCAGAUCCAGGCGUUGAAGCUGGGCUGAUGGAUUUCCUGCUCUUCGGCAGCCUCAUCUCAGCUGUGGACCCCGUGGCAGUGCUGGCCGUCUUUGAAGAGGUCCAUGUAAAUGAGACCCUCUUCAUCAUCGUGUUUGGCGAGUCUCUCCUGAAUGAUGCUGUCACCGUGGUGCUGUACAAGGUCUUCAACUCUUUUGUGGAGCUGGGCCCAGCACACAUCCAUGCCACGGACUACAUGAAGGGGGUAGCCUCCUUCUUCCUGGUGAGCCUCGGGGGCACGGCUGUGGGGCUGCUCUUCGCCUUUCUCCUGGCCCUGAUCACGCGGUUCACCAAGCGCGUGCGCAUCAUUGAGCCACUCUUUGUCUUCCUCUUGGCCUAUGUUGCAUACCUUGCUGCUGAGAUGGUCUCGCUCUCCUCCAUCCUGGCAGUCACCUUCUGUGGGAUCUGCUGCAAGAAGUACGUGGAAGCCAACAUCUCCCAGAAAUCCCGCACCACGGUCAAGUACACCAUGAAGACCCUGGCCAGCAGCUCAGAGACCAUCAUCUUCAUGUUUCUGGGCAUCUCGGCUGUGGACACCUCCAAGUGGGCAUGGGACACAGCACUGGUGCUGGGCACCCUGCUCUUUAUCCUGCUCUUCAGAGCUGCGGGCGUUGUCCUCCAGACCUGUGUGCUCAACCGCUUCCGCCUCAUCCCCCUGGACAGGAUUGACCAGGUGGUCAUGUCAUAUGGUGGCCUCCGCGGGGCCGUGGCCUUUGCCCUGGUCAUCCUGCUGGACAGGACAAAGGUGAAAGCCAAGGACUACUUUGUGGCAACGACCAUCGUGGUGGUGUUCUUCACUGUCAUUGUGCAGGUGAGGAUGGGCACCAUGCCCUCCUCCAGUGCUGCCCUCUUGCCCCAGAGCUGGCCUUGGGGGCCAGGCGGGUGCUUGGGGACAUGUGCGUGGGGCAAGUACCUCUUUUCAAGUGACCUUUGGUCCUUGGUGCCUCCUGGCACCCCAUCCAUCACCAGAACCACCGUGGCAUCUGUCACGAAGGUGGGGCCAUGGCCCACAUUGUUUCCCCGUUGGCCUCUUGUUCUGGGACUGGCUCCAAGGGCAGCAACGGCGUGUGCCUGGCCAGGCUGUUCUCUUUACAAAGCUGCUGAUGGCCCCUGGCUCUGGGGUACCUGUGCCCCAGGAAGGGUACCCGCACAGCAGAUGGAUGCAAGUCUAGGGGAGGGGGAACUUGGGGGGUAUGACAUGGUUGCUGCCUGUUGGGACACAGGACCAUCGCCCAGGUCCUGGAGGCAGGGGGUUGGGUUGGUAGGGGCACACACGGCUGGCACAGCUGCUGUCCCCGGUCACUUCGUGCUGCUUCUGCUCCCUGUGCCCCAGCCAUGCACCCUCUCGCCCUCCCAGUCUUUCCCUUGCCUUCUGCUGUUCCAGGGCCUCACUAUCAAACCCCUGGUGACAUGGCUGAAGGUGAAGCGCAGCGACCACCACAAGCCCACGCUGAACGAGGAGCUGCAUGAGCACGCCUUUGACCACAUCCUGGCAGCGGUGGAGGACAUCGUGGGGCACCACGGCUACCAUUACUGGCGGGACAAGUGGGAACAGUUCGACAAGAAGUACCUGAGCCAGCUCCUGAUGCGGAAAUCUGCCUACAGGCUGCGGGACGAGAUCUGGGACGUUUACUACAAGCUGAACAUCCGUGAUGCUAUCAGCUUUGUCGACCAGGGUGGCCACGUGCUCUCAGCUGCCAAGCUGGCACUGCCCUCCAUGCCCAGCCGCACGUCCAUGUCAGAGUCGUCAGUCACAAACCUCCUGAGGGAGAGCGGGAGUGGUGCAUGCCUGGACCUGCAGGUGAUUGACACAGUGCGGAGCCGCCGGGACAAGGAGGAUGCUGCCAUGCACCAUGUGCUGCGAGGGAGCCUCUACAAGCCCCGCCGGCGGUACAAGGCCAGCUACAGCCGUCACUUCAUCUCUCCAGAUAAACAAGAGCGCCAAGAUAAAGAAAUCUUCCGGCAGAACAUGAAGAGGCGGCUGGAGACCUUCAAGUCCACAAAGCACAAUGUCUGCUCCUCCAAGAACAAGGCCAGGCUGAAGGAAAAGGGCAGGAAAAAGAAGAACAUCUCUCUGACCAGAGAGGCAUCCAAUGGGAAGACGCACAGAAAUGUCCCCUGGCAGGAGGCAGCUCCUGUCCUUGUAAUGGUCAGCUCAGAGGAGGAGGAGAGCGAUAGCUCAGAGACGGAGAGAGAGGACGACGAAGGGAUUGUGUUCAUCGCUCGAGCCACUGAUGAGGUCCUACAGGGAAAGACAACUCCUGGCAGCCUGGAUGUCUGCCCCAGCCCCUGCAUCAUCCCGCCAUCGCCCACCUUGGCAGAGAAGGAGCUGCCGUGGAAAGGAGACCAGGCUGAUCUGGCUGUUUAUGUCUCCUCGGAGACCACCAAAAUUGUGCCAGUGGAUAUGCAGAAGGCGUGGAACCAAAGCAUCUCCUCCCUGGAGAGCAUCGCUUCCCCCCCAGGCAUCGAGAGUGUACCUCAGCACAGGAGAUUCGCCUGCCCUGUGCUGGAGGAACAACCCCAGUCUGCGAGCCAGGUGAUGCCGGAGCAGGGCUCCUGCUUCCAGUUCCCCAGCCAUGUCUCUAAGAGCAGCCGGUCACAGAGUGACAGCAGCCCGGAUGGCGCUGAGCAGCAGGAGCUGCAGCCUUUGAUGGCCACAGAGGAGCAGGGCAGGAUGCUGCCUGCCACGGAGCCCAGAUGGCUGAUGUUCAACAGAGCAAGCCACCUCUGAGGCAGACUGUGGAUGGGAAAGGGGCUGGGGGCUGCGGACGGGCUGCGACCCGCUGACCGCUCUGCUGUCUUGCAUUAUAAAGCUUGUGUGUGUCUCCAUAAACUCCAGGAGUCGCAGGAGAGCCCAGUACUCCUCCCAGAGCUGGACUCCAGGGUGGGCUUUGCCCAUACACCUAAUGAUGCAAAACUGGUCAAUAACUGGGCUUCAUGCUGCAACAGCAGGUACCAACAAUCCCUGUCCACCCAGGGAGGCACAGACCCCAAACCUCAUUCUUCCUCGCUGGUCCCUACACAUUUCUGGAGCUGGGAGUCCAGAGAUGUUCCUCCCAGGGCUGGGAUCCCAGCCAGACUCCAUCCUGUCAUGGCUGUGCUGCCCUGAGGUGUGGAGGUGCUGGUUAACGGGCCGUGGCUGCUUGCGGGUGUAGGAGCAUGAGCUGAUCUCCAGCCUGGCUGUGAGUAGGAGACCUCUGCGGAGAGGGCUGGGAGUGGCGGCUGGUGCACGAGAGCCCAUCCACACACAGCGACCGAGCCAUUGACUUCAAGGUGGUUACAGUGCUGGUUCCUCACAGCUUGCAUGGAGCUCAGCCAGGAGGCCAGAGGUGGGCUCCUUGCCACAGCAGCUCUGCAUUCCCUGGGUUAUGGAGGUACCACAGAGGCAAGGCCGUGACCUUCUCAGGACUGGGAGCAGCGCUCCUGGGGUUUGGCUCCACCAGGAGCCGGACUAGUGAACCUGUACGCACAGGGACUCCUCUGGCAACCAACCUGCUGUGCCAGCCUCACACCUGUUGUCUGGAUGUAUCCCCAAUAGCUGUGGUUUUCAGCUGUCUGGCUUUGCUAGGAGGCAGCUGCCCUGCACAGCAUCCUUGGCAUUCAUCCUGCCCAUGUCCCAGUCCCUCCAGUUGCCUGGGGCCCAUCAGCUGGGAGGGCUGGUCAUGGUGCAAGGAGCAGAGCGAGCAGCAGGUAUGAAUGUACAUGAGGAACAGGGGUCAUGGGCGAGAGCCGAGUGCAUCUUCAAAGGUCUGUCCCCACCACCUGCCACCCAGCUAUCUCUGGUCCCUCCUGAGAGGGUGGUGGGACCCGGUGGCAAUGGCCCACACAGUGAAUUAUUCCUGGUGUGACCCCAAGGGCCAAGAAUUGCUGCCCAAGAACUGCUCUGCAUGCAAAAGCUUGGCAUGGCAGCUGGGCACUGGCAAUGUGGGAGGGUUGGGGAUGCUUCUCUUGGGGAAGAAUGGGGCCUUGGGCUCUUAAUGCCCCAAAGCAGGUAAUUAAUUGUCUAUUCCAGUAUGUGGGCAUGCUGAGACAGCAGCUAUCAAGGGGACACUUAGAUGCACUGGGUGAGUGAGCCCAAUGUGGGGCAAGCAAGCUGACGGUACCCCCCCGGUACUGUUAGCAAGGCUCAGCAAAGGCUGUUCUGCUCUGUACCUGUUCCACCAGAUGAGCAUGAGGUUUUUAAAAGGUUUUUAUAUAGUUUUGCAUUUCUGGUAUGCCUUAUUCUGGAUUUGAUUUCUGAUAUUGGGCCAUACUAAAUCUCUAGCUGGGUCAGUGUUUUCUGUAGCCAUGGGCACCACAAAUGACUCAAGACUUAAUAUGUUAUUUGCAAGAAUAUUGUUUUAAUGUGAAAAUAUAUGCAGAGUAUUUUGUAAUGUUCAAUAAAUCAGAGUUGGAGCAGA